AGAAAAUAAAUAAAUAAAUAAAAACAGAGAAGUCGCUGUUGAUUUCUCCCUGCUGAGUGCAGUGCAUCUCUGCUGCAGAAGGAGUCGGACCAGGUGAGGCGUGCUUUGUGGCGUAUUCCAGUCUGCAAAGGAUGAAUGCAGACGUCCUCUUCUUCUCUCUAAAACUAUUCUCUCCAGAGCCGGGCAGCCCCUUGCUGAGUUGGUCGCAAUCAUUGUUUCUCUGCAGCAUUAACCACAUUCCAGAGAGGCGCAGCGCAUCCCGUCUCCCUCCCCGCAUUCCUUUCAGGCGAACGAGUCCCCCGCGUAAAACCGCCUUUAAAUGCAAUUUCCCCCGCUCUCACCGCGCGCAGGCCGGUGUAAAAAGCACUUUUGUGGUCCGUGGGAUUAUCCAAGCCGGUCUAGUUUCCCCCAAAGCGGCCGUGGGGGGAAUCUAGAGGAAAAACCAACAAGGAGAAAUUCCUCCGCGCAGCGCGCCAUUGACUGUAAAGACCUUUCAACUUAACAAAAACUGAAGUUGACAAACGCAACGGAGUCGGCUGAAACUGCGCGAAAGAGUUUGCCGUUCGGCGCGGGGAGGGAAAGCAGAAGACGGCGAUGCGGCUUGCGGUGCGGGUUUGCGCCUCGGCCGCCGGUUUUGCGUGAAGGAGCGACGGCUGCGCGGCGGCGUUUUGUUUUGAUUUCCAUGUGAAACACAAUCGGAGCUCCGCGGAGCGCAGCGCACUCGCAACUUGCUUCUCGCCUCUGGUGCGCAACAUGGAGCCUUACGAGGAGGACCUGGGACUCCGGGCCACUGCACUGAUGGAGGACCUUUCCCUGUACGAAGCCUACAAAGACGGGGUGUACAACGCGAGGAGGGACUUGGUGAUAAACCCAGAUCUGGACUUCUCCGCUCCGGCGGUGGCGGGGCUGAAAACCAAGCCGAUGAAUGGCACCUCUGUGCUCCACCAGCAGCAUCACACUUUGGAGAAUUUCACGCCGGGGACCAAAGUGUACAACGCGGCUCCCGUGCGUCCCGUGAACUGCAGCCGGACGGUUCCCGUGGAUUUCUGCGCCCCUCAGAGAGACGCCGCGUACAGCGAGGAGGGCUGCUGCACCAAAUCCGAGGUGGCUCUGCCGUGCUACCCCGGCACGUCCGAGAGGCACCGGAGGUACUCCCUGGAGGUGCAGGGCCACAGGUACAGCACCGGCUCCACCUUUGACGGGGUGCCUCUCAACAAAGCGGUGCCUCUGCCCGGCAACAGGUGCAACAGCGUCUGCAUAACCGGCAGCCACGACGCCAGGUACGGCGCCGCCAGCCCCCGCUCCAGCCUGGCGUCCUCGCUGUCCUCUCAGGAGCAAAGCAAGCACGCCAGCCCGCGGUCGAGCCUCAGCAGCCCGCGCACCAGCCUGGUGGUGCCGGGCCAGGACAGGUAUACCAGCCCCAGGUCCAGCUUGGUCCACUGUGAGGGCAACAGCAUCCUCAGCCCGCGAUCCAGCUAUGCAAGCACGGCCAGCGACACCAGCAAGCACUCCAGCCCCAGGACCAGCCUGAACAGCUGCGACUGCUGCAGCAAGCCCAGCAGCAACCGCACCAGCGGCAUCAGCAUGGGCUACGACCAGAGGCACGCCAGCCCCAGGUCCAGCACGGCCAGCCAGUACUCCUUCACCACCAGCCCGAGGUCCAGCUACUCCGACUCGCGGUACGGGCCCGUGGUCAACCACGACCUGGAGGGCGCCAUCCUGCACGGCGCGCCGCUGGCGAGCCCCCGCUCCAGCAUCUGCAGCCAGGACGGGAGCGCAAGAGCCGGGGUGGCGGCGAACUGCGUGGUCAGCCCGCGGUCCAGCAUCUCCAGCCACAGCUCCAGGAGCUCCCGCAGCUCCCGGGGCUCUAUGAGCACCUACCCGGACCUGCAGCUGCCUUCCCCCAGGUCCUCCAUGCUGGGCGGCGGGUUGCCCGAGGACGCCUUGCUGCAGGAGUUCGGAGACCCGAACGGGGCUCCGGCUCGCGUCCCGCUGCAGACGGUGGCCGAGCCCCAGCCCCAGGCGGCCCAGGCGGGGGGCACCGCGGAGAUGAGCGCCGGCUCGCCGUCGUCGUUCUGCUACGGCGUGUCCACGAAGGCGGCCUCGGCGGGUCAGAGGUAUAAGCUGCCUUACCAGGUGACCCCCAGCAGGGAGAGUGGGCCGAGCCAGGCGGAGAAACGCCUGGAGGCGCUCACCUUGGAGCUGGAGAAGGAGCUGGAGAUACACAUGAAGAAGGAAUACUUUGGUAUCUGCGUCAAAUGUGGGAAAGGUGUGUACGGUGCCAGCCAGGCAUGCCAGGCCAUGGGGAACCUCUAUCACACCAACUGCUUCACCUGCUGCUCCUGUGGGAGGAGGCUGCGGGGGAAGGCCUUCUACAACGUCAACGGGAAGGUGUACUGCGAGGAGGACUUCUUGUACUCCGGUUUCCAGCAGACGGCCGAGAAGUGCUUUGUGUGCGGUCACCUCAUCAUGGAGAUGAUCCUCCAGGCGCUGGGCAAGUCCUACCAUCCGGGCUGCUUCCGCUGCGUCGUGUGCAAAGAGGGCUUAGACGGGGUGCCUUUCACCGUGGACGUGGAAAACAACAUCUACUGCGUCAAAGACUACCACACGGUCUUUGCUCCGAAGUGUGCUUCGUGCAACCAGCCCAUCCUCCCAGCCCAGGGCUCUGAAGAGACCAUCCGGGUCGUUUCCAUGGACAAGGACUACCAUGUGGAGUGUUACCACUGCGAGGAUUGUGGCCUUCAGCUGAACGACGAGGAGGGCCACCGCUGUUACCCGCUUGAAGGUCACCUCCUCUGCCACAACUGCCACAUCCAACGGCUCCAGUCAAAGUUGCCCGCCCACCAGCCCCCUAGCUACCCCCUCCACGUGACUGAACUGUAGGGAAGGAGACCUAUAGCUCCACCUUCAAGAUGAUCCAGGAUACCAAGCAGCGGGGUGAAGAGGUAUGGGCUCCCACUCCUCCAGCAGCCUGAAGCUCCGUGUGGCAAAAUCUGAAAUGCCGCCAGAGAGCCCGACAGAUCCUGGUUCCCCCCACGCUGGGACCCCAGCUACAGAAAAGGGUUUCCAUUCGUUUCUCCUUCUCCUCACCAUUUGGCCGCAUAACCCUAAAACGGGCCUACCCUCAGGGCCGAAGGAACAUCCCACCCUUUGACAUUUUUUUUUAGCUUUUUAAGGAAAUGGCUCCUGAGUUUCCUGACUGAAACCUCUGACUGAAGAGCUUCACCGCAGCAGCAGCGGCGGCGUCACGGCGGAGAACGCUGCUGUUUGCCGGCCCUAGAGAGGCCAGAGAACGAGGCCAUCACACUCCCGCGUUUGGCGGGAAAAAACACGGACGGGCGGUGCCUUUCGGGACGUUUUCUCUCCGCGCAGCUUGUGAACACUGAAACAGAGCCGGCUAUGCAAAGGACUACCCAGCGUCGCGACGCAGGGCCGUGAAGAGAAACGGACGACUCUGCUCCGUGCCGACGCAACAGGCGCACACCGUAGCACCACGACCCCCACAGAAACCGACUGACAUUCCACGUAGACGUCCGAGACGACACCUCGAGAUAUUCACAAGCAGUGUCUUAAUUAAUGAUUAUAUUAUGGACAGAAAGGAAACUUUAGAUGCACAUAGGUCGUCUUUUUUUUAUAUAUGAAUAUAUAUUUCGCAGACAUUUUCCACAUAAGAUCCUAGAUGUAGAUUGUAUUUUUUUAAUGUAUGCGUAUCAGUGAGCGUGACGAGAUCGGAGGUGGAGCUGAAGCCUCUGCAGCUUUUUUUUGGGUCCGUUGCAUUAUUUCCCCCUACAGAGUCUCUUCAUGUCUGUCAGCGGGAGCAGACACGGGUCUGGUAGUUUUGGGCAUGCCGAUUGUUUUAUCCCAUUUUAAGUAGCCAGGCGAAGAGGAUUUUGUUAAAAACGUGCUGCUUUUGAGCAAAAUGAUCUAUGUCAAGCUGAUGUUUGCACUCUAAACAGGUGGAUAUUAGAUUUUAAAGAAACUGUUGCACCUCUUAUUUGAAGUUUAUAUUCAGAACCUGGCUCAAAACAGUU